AUGGCUAAAACUCUGAUCUACAUGAUGACACAGAGCAACUCAGAGGGCCUAAAAAUACUGUUAGAAAGUCACCAGCAACCGUGUGAUGAUCCUGACUUUCCAGAUGCUGCAGAUGUGCUGGAGACUGCUGGAGAAGAAGCUGAAUCUCAGGCUGAUAUGCCCGAUGAGCAUCUUAGAGAGCCUCAGGGAAGAGAAAAUGUUGAAAACUCUACGGCAACAGUGAAGGUGGUGCUGGUGCCCGAAGGUCAUGUGAUGACUGCGGCCUUUGCCAUUGGUCUCAGCAUUCAGGAGCUGAAGGUCCACCUCGCCGCCGAGCUCAGAGUUCCUGCUGAGGUGCUGCAGAUCUCUCUGGACGGCAGAGUGGUGGAGGACCAGAAGAGCCUGAUGGAGCUCGGCGUCCAGCCUCACGGCUCCACCCGGAUGGAGAUGAGCUCCACCGACCCGACCACCCAUCCACUCCGCCCACUUCGCCCCCCAGAGCACGACAACAUGCCGGAUGUCAUCACCGUCCGAGUCCAAACAGAUGAGGACAUGUUCCAGGAGGUGGUGGUGGAGAUUGAACGUCCCCCCCAGCAGAAAGCCUACCUGGGCGGCUACAGACACCGGUUGACGGGGGUGCAGUACCACCACGCUGCAGUGCAGACCCUGCCCAAGAGGAGACCUGACAGAGGAGUGGAGGUCUUCAGCCGCAACACACAGACAGUGAAGCUGAAGUCUCAGGCCCAGCAGUGUCCAGUCAACGCUUCCACCCAGAUGACGGGGAUCGGCUGCUACAUCUCCUGUAUGAACGACAAGCUGGUUGCCCCCGGCAGCUACAUCACUGCUGACGAGUACCACGACACAAGGCUGAACGCUGUGAUCAUUCUGCAGUCGUUUGCCCGGCGCUGGCUGGCCCGGCAGGAGGUGAACCGGCUGAAGAGGGAUCGGGACCGGCGGCUGGCCUGGCUGGAACUUCAGGAGACCAGGAGGAGGGAGGAGAAGGAGGAGCAGCUGAGAGACCGCCGCCAACGCUGGAUGAGCCCGCAGAGAAGGGAGGACUUCAACCUGCUGUACCAAGCUUUAGAGAAGUGGCGGUGUGAGGAGGAGGAGCAGAUCAACUGUUCCCUGAGAGGAGCUGAGAGGAAGGCAGCUCUCUGCUUGCUGCUGGAGCAGGAGACACAGCUCAUCGCCGCCAUUGGACGCCAUCGCAUCGCCGUCCAGGACAUCAACUAUGACAAAACUGUCAGGAACUUCCUGGACAAGUCUGCCGCUCCUCAUCAGUGGCGAGCAGCAGACGGUCGACUGAUCGAGAUGGACAGUCCACACACCAUCAGAGCCAGAGAGCUGCGGGAUCUGUACAACAGCAUCAGCCUGUCCACUGUCAGCCAGGAGCAGAGACUCCACGUCCUCAUGACACUCAAACACACCGUCAAGGAACACCAUUGUCAGCUGACCCGGGACAUGGUGGACUUGAUUGACCGGGAGGUGGACCUGAUGACUCGGGGGGUUAAGGCAGCCAGUCUGGAGGGGCUGAGGAAGAGGAUCUCCACUCUGUUCCUCCAGUACAUCAAAACACCAGCGUUUAACCCGGAGGUGGCCAAGCUGCUGAAGGUUCCCCAGAAUCCCUCUCAUCUGAAGAACAACAUGUUCCUGUGCCGCGGCUGUAACCGCUACCUACACUCUGACGACUUCAAGCCGUCCGCCAGCGCGGAACACCAGUCUCGGUGCCGAGACUGCACCAGGCUCGACAACAUAGCCAGAUCCCGCCAUGACUUCUCCUGCUACAAACACAUCCUGAGGAGGCUGAGAGCUGACGAGCAGCGGCUCAACCAGGAAGCCAAGAUUCCCUUCCUGCUGCAGGUGGAGGACUUGCGGUACUUGGUGGAGGUGGUCUGGGCUUCCCACUCGGCCCUCCACGCCAGCAAAGACCUCUACAACCUGGUGUUUGUCCGCUGGAACCGUCAGAAAGACUGGAGCCCCUGGAACUGCAUCCUGCUGUCUAAAGAAGAGACUGCAGCUCAUCUGGAGGUGGAAGACGUCCACAAGGCGUAUGACGCCACGUUCAUCCGCAGGAUCGAACACAAACACACGCUGGCUCGCCGCCACUUCAGCCAGAUGGCCGUCAUGGCCGAGUACCUGGACCCCCAUCUUUCCGCUGCCCUGGGCAACCGUCUCGUCUCCGAGCCUGUCACCAUGGCGACAGGCAGGCCCACCAUCGCCACUCCACCGGCAUCGGCUCAUUAAGAAAAAAAUCCUGUAGUUUUCUUUCUUCUGUCACUUUCCUUUCACACUCAUAUUGUCUGUGACUUUCAA